AUGAGAUUGUUGCGAAGUUGGUACAAUGAGAUGCGUGAAGCUAUAGAAGCUCGUGGUCAGGCACUCGACAGUAUUGUGGAUGCAACCAGUGGUAUUGGCGAACGUCUGGACAACUUUGUAGAGACCCUUCGUGGAGCUUCGGACCGACUGCGCCAGAACUAUUCCAUUUCCUCUGAUCCCACGCUUCUAAAAACUCAGAUUGCUGAGAAUCAUGCAAUCAAGGAAGGCCUACGCGCCAAACAUUCAGCAUAUACCGCUCUCAAGGAAAGCGCUGCUGAGUUGUUAGCAUCACUUCCACCAGAUGAUCCUGCAAGAGAUGAAAUCAUUGGAAAACUGAAACGGCUAUCAGAAUUAUGGGGCAGCAUAGAGCAGGAAGCAGAAGAUAGAGGUGACUUCCUGGAGUCGAUCUUGGAAAAGGCCAGACACUUCUGGGAUGAACUGGAUGAGUGCCAAAGAGCGGUAAGGGUCUCUAUUUCUUUGUGGUCAUCUACAUAUUGAGG